AUGCGCCUGCUCCGUCGACCGGAGCUCCCAUUCCGCGCAGAUGACCCUUCGUAUAUGGAUGACUGGAUCGUCGGUGAGAGAAUUCAGGCCACACGCGAACUCGAAAGGUGGUACGCCAACGGCGGCGAACUCUACCCCCGCAGGAUCCUCGAGGCCGUAGUGGACGAGCAAGGUCGGAAACUUGCAGACGGAGACGAGUUCAAUAUUGAGGCCAUCGAUGGAAAGACCUACCAAUACUAUGUGCGCACGUCGGCUAUCAAAUGUGACGCAAACGGGACCGAGACGGUUUACUUUCGUCCCUUCAUCGACUACGUGUCGUUGAAUCAGCUGCUAUGGGAUGCCGACCAUGCCAUGAGCCCGGCGGCAUGGAGGCCCUUCCACGCGCAUUGCAGCGUCAGGCUUGCGAACUACAUCGAACAAGAGGACGAACCGGGUGAGGAGGGGUCGCAUUCGUCUCAGCCAUCUGAGCCAUCUGAUUCGGUUGAACCGACAUUGCAUACUGGUGAGCGCAUUUUGCAGGAUUUAGAUGUAGAUUUGUCUGGCGCGAGCGACUGGCCAAUAUGGAACAGGAUCGAUGCCGUUCUAUCCAGUUUGCACGUCGCUUGGAAAAUCAAGACGAUCUUUGCCAUUGGGUGCGGAAGUCUGGAGGGAUCUGAGGGAGAUAUUGUGCGGUACAAUCGAUGCGUCGUUCAACAUGUGCUUCCAUACUAUCUUGCUGUAUGCCUGGAGCAGAAGGAGCUAGGAUCCCCGAACGUCGAAAUCUCCUUUCAGGACUCGACGUACACGAAGUAUGAUAAAUGGGCUCUUGGCCAACUCUCCGCAGAUGUCCCCUUCGAUCCAGCAGCCUAUCUGGAUAUGGAUUCACAAUCUCUCGUCUUCUCUUCUGGCGCGACUUGCUGCGUCAAGUCUAUUAUUGUAGAGAACGCCUUACCGGCCAUCUUGAUCCUGGAUCGUAUCCGCAACGAUGACUCUGCCUCUCAACUGUAG